AUGGCUGGCCCUGGCGGUGGUCCUCCUCGUCGCAGUCACACCAAGUCUCGCAAAGGCUGUGAUACGUGCAAGCGUCGUCACAUCCGCUGCGAUGAGAGCUUCCCUCAAUGCCGCAACUGCACCAAGCACAAGAUCCGUUGCCCGUACAACGAUGUGCAGGUUCCUGAGGCUGGUCGCUCAACCACUCCGGACAAGCCCGAUCUCAUGUGGUCACCACAGGUCGAGGCUGCUAUUGCCGAGUGGCAGAGGACUGGCAUGUUCCCCUUCCCAACGCUCCGCAUCUUCCCAGCUCCCAUGCCGCACAUGUUCUCCCUUGAGGACCUCCGGUUGAUCUACCACGUUGCAUCCCUGUACUAUCAGCUGGCGGCCUAUGAGGCCAACAACUUCACUUUGUGGACCCGUCAUAUCCCGACUCUGCUCAAGAUCGGCGCGACUACUCCCUACGUGAUGCAUGCGCUGUUGGCAUUCUCUGCCAUGCACAUCGCCUUUUUGACCGACUGCCCUCUGGUCGGCAGCAUGGCGUUUGAGCAUAGGGGCAAGGCCUUGAGCGGUCUGCACACCGCGAUUGGCUCCUUCUCUCGCGCUACCUCCGACGCCAUCCUGGCGGCAUCCCUGGUGCUAUCGUGGCAGGCCACCGAUUGGCGCAGCUGGACCCAGCUCAUGCAGGGCACCUCGACGGUGAUUGAUGCAAUGGACGCAUGGAAGCAUGAGUCUGAGUUCACAGACUUCAUUGCGGAGAGCAGCACUUUCCCAACAGCUCCGGCUUCUCCGGAUCCUGAACGCCGGGUUCACCAACCCCAGAAGGACGACAUUGAGGCCUACCAGCGAACCUUGGAGCAAGUCAUCAAGGUUGAAGCUCAUCUGAAGCACAACAAGGAAGACGCAGCUCAGAUGCAGCACUUGAUCGGCUUCCUCAAGGGCUCUCGCAAGAUCAGCCCCACUCUCCCCAUCGCCCAACAGUUUGAGCGCCUCCAGCCCCUGAGGACUUGGCUUUUCUGGGUCCCUGUCGGCUACAUUCAGACCUACCACUGCUCCCCCAACUCCCUGGUUGCCAUUGCCCACCUGUACACGGCGGCCCUGCUGAUGGAGCGGCUCUUCCCCGAGAUUGGCGCGGCCUACUUUGGCAGCCUGUCCAUGACCCCGAUUGAGGAAAUCGCCCGGCGGCUCAUGUCCAUGAACCUCGCGAGCACUGGUGUGAAGAACUCGUACCAGACGCCGCUCACGCUCAUGGAGUUUCCCAUUGACACGGUCAGUGAGUUCCGGUCCCGCAUGGGCUGGAUGAGCCCGCAGAGGACCCCCUCGUUCCCUACGUUCCAUCCUCCCAACUUCCACCUGCGCGACGAGGUGCCAAUGGUCCCUGCAACGGAGUCCUACAUGCCAUAUGGGAACCCUGCCUUUAGCUAUAGCGCCGAGAGCAUGCCAAUGCUCAACAGCCCUACGGCACCUGGUCCGCAUGAGUCGCUCAGCCCGCUGGUCAUCUCGUCUCCCUAUCUGAGCCACCAGUACCUGAACGUGCCGUCUCCGUCCUUUGGGGUUGCCUACAGCCCGGCAUCAUCAACCUUUGAGGCGUCCCUUGCAUACAGCGAUUCGGAAGAGUACGGUGGGUAUGAAAUGCGAGGCUACCAUCCCGGCCAUUCGCCCACAUUCGAGGAUGCGCAAUGCGCCGGCAGCAGCAGCUACCCCGUCGGGAAUUCCAGAACUCAAUCAGCGUACCCGCCUCCGGAGGGUUCGUCGAUGGCGCCACCCUUUCCGCCAGCUCCGUCUCAAUCUCCGUACCACUACCAGGACACGCUCGGCAUGCUUCCUCUUCCUGAGUCCCCGGUUCCGCUGUCUAGCACACCGCAUCACCGACACCGUCAGACCGUUUCGGUCUCUUCCACGCCGCACCCUCCAUCUCCGCUGUCGCGCGUGCCUUUGACUCGCAGCUCUUCGGGGCUUGAUGACAAGGGCAAGCAGCGGGCGAUGUGA